AUGCGGCGGUUGGAUUUGGACGCGGCGGCGAAGGCGUUGACGCGAGACGAACGCGCGGGCGCGGCGACGGCGGCGGCGACGAGACGGUUGGAUGAUGGCGAGGCCGCGCGCGCGCUCGCGGGCGGUGAGAAAGGGGCGCUCGGGUUGCACGCCGUCGGUCGGCGCGCGGAUGCGUACAGGACUUUGGAGAUUGAACGCGCGGCGAGCGGGGAGUGCGACGAACGCGAAUUGGUGCGAGACGUGCUGUACGCGUGUCAAGGCAUCGACGGCGAGUUCAUCAAGUUUUCUCCGGCCCAACAAGCGUUCGCGCUGGCACCGAACGUGAACGUCUCGGCCGGGCGACGAAAUUUGAUCAAGUGCCUCACCGAAGUAGGGUGGUUAUUUAAGAAGGUUUCGGCGGCGCUCGGCGACGGCAGGACGGCGGGCGUCGACGUCGACGACGGCGACGGCAGCACGCGGCAGGCGUUCAGAGCGGCGAUUCAGCGCGAGCUUGCGAGUUACUACAAGUUGAUCGCGGUAUUAGAAGCUCAAGCGCAGAUUCCGAUCGUGGCUUACCUCGAACGAGGCGACGGCGCGGCGAAGGGCGGCGACAGUUACCUCACCCUGCGUCGACUCUUCGUGUGGCUCGCCGAUCCUCUCAAGAUGUUACGGACGCUAGCGGUUUUGGUCGACGCGACGCACGGCAAGCGAGGAGGCGCUGCUUUGGCGGCCAUGUACAACUACUCUCAACACGGCGACCCGUCAUCCACCGCGUUGGUACGAAGAGUUUUGAGCGCGAGCGCGACGCCGUAUUUGGGCAUGGUGCAUCGAUGGACGGUGAGCGGCGAGCUCGAAGACCCAUUGUGCGAGUUCUUCGUGAGCGUUGAUCACUCGAUUUCGGAUAAAGAUUUAUGGCGCCGAAAGUAUGCGUUCGAUGAGGACAUGCUGCCCUCGUUCAUCACGCGCGAACAGGGGAAAACUAUACUUCGCCUCGGCAAGAGCAUAAACUUUCUUCGCAGAUGCUGCGACGACUCGAGCUGGACGCCCGAACGCGCGGACGUCUUGAACGCGGUGGAAAAGGCUGGAGGGCUAGACUUUGAGAAUCCAGAUGGUUUGACGACGUUGAUUAGCGAGACAGCAAAGCGUGUGGACGGAACGGUGCGUCGCGUACUCUUCGAACGCUUCAAGCUCGGAGAGCAUUGUCAAGCGCUCAAGCGCUAUUUGUUGCUCGGCCAGGGGGAUUUGCACGAGUGCUUGAUGGACUUGAUGGGUCCGAGCUUGGAGCAGCCCGCGAAUUCAUUGAGUGUCUUCAAGCUCAGCGGUAUGCUCGAACAAGCCGUGCGCAGCAGUAGCGCCCAGUCGGAUUCUCCAGACUUUCUCGAUCGCUUACGCGUGCGUUUGAUGGCGCACUUGAACGAAGAAGUGGGAUGGGAUGUCUUCACGCUCGAGUACGUCGUAAAUCAGCCUUUGACGACGAUAUUCACCGAACACGCGAUGAGCAAGUAUUUGCGCGUGUUCAACUUUCUGUGGCGUCUGAAGCGAGUGGAACAUUCGCUCUGUGGGACGUGGCAGAUGAUGAAACCGACGGUAGCGCAUUUGUUGUCAAGCGAAACCGCCGGCGGGGGCACGUCUGGCGCGGCGUUGGCUGACAUGCUACGCAGCUGUCAUUCAUUGCGAGGGGAGAUGCACAGCUUUAUUUCUAACUUUCAGUACUACGUCAUGUUCGAGGUGCUGGAGACCUCGUGGGUCGAGCUCGAGGAGAAGUUUGCCAAGCAUUCCGAUUUGGAUGAAAUCAUCGCGGCGCACGACGUAUUCCUCGACGCCGUCGUUCAAAAGGCUUUGCUCGGGUCAAAGUCGCAGCUAGUUCUGCAGACCCUUUACGCACUUUUUGAGGUGAUGAUGUCGUUCCGCGAAGUCGCAGCUGAUCUUUUCGACAUGGCGGCAGACGUCGUCGCGAAGAAGGCGGCGACGCGAGAGCGCAUCGCCGAGCGCGAGAAGAACAAGCAAUGGGGGACAUACGUCGGCGAGGAGUCGAAUGCGAGCGAUUUUAUCGAUAAGGACGAGGUCGCCGUGGCGCAGAGUCGACUGGCAAAUUUGCGCGACGACUACGCGCGUGCAUUGGACGGUUUCUUGAACCUUUUGCCACUCCAAACGCACGUGGACACGCAAUUCUUGUUGUUCCGCCUCGAUUUCAGCGAGUACUACGCCUCCAAGGGCGUCGGUCCUGGUGACAUCGCGCCUCAGCGAGUCGCGCGAGGAAUACAGUAA